GAUGUCUGGUGACCUCAGAGGACUCAGUCUCCGUGGAGUCGGGAAGGAGGACGGCUGGGAUGCGAAGGCAACGCUUUGUAGGUAAUCAAACGGAUUUGUUCCCACAUGGGAGCGACCAGAGCACAGCAUGUUUGUGUACUGCGAGGAGGGAACCACGAAAAAGGCAGAGCUUAGAAACGCAAGCACUGGCUGGUGGUGGCCAAGAGGAGCCUGGCGCCAGCGACCUCACUCCCGCGGCCAGUGGGCGAGGCGAAGGAGCUCCUGCUCUGCCUGUAAGGUCUAGGAAGUACGAGGCGGAGAGGACGAAAAACGGAGAGCCAGUCUGUUGUGGCUGUGGUGAAGAGAAACCAGGAAGAUAAAGCUCGCUCUCCACUCGGGGACCGUAAGCGCAGCAACGAAAAGCGAACACACACAACAGCCGCAGCAGCUGCCCCCAGUCCCCGCCCCUUGACCUGGCGGAAGCGGGAGACGGAGAGGCGCGCGCAGCAGGGGCGGGGCUGGAGAGGGACUCCAUCCGCGGAUCUCGCGGGAGCGUUAGAGGACGGAAGCGCUAUCUGAGCAGGAUGCGGUUCGUGGUUGCGUUGGUCCUCCUGAGCAUCUCAGCGGCGGGAGCCGCUCCGCUCCCAGACUCCGAAACUGCCAAGAAAGAAGAAGCUGGAGUUCCUUCUACAGGAAGGGAUUCCAACCACCCCACCUCGAGCCAGCUGCCGGGAGGCUCUACCAGGUCGGAUCCGGAGCCGCAGACUCCAAAAGACAGCUCCAGCAAGUCGAGUUCCGGGGUGCAGACCCGAAAAGACAGCCCCAGCAGGUCAGGUGCGGACAUACAGACCGCAGAACACGGCCCCAGCCAGUCGGGUGCGGACGGGCAGACCCCACAACACGGCCCCAGCCAGUCGGGUGCGGACGGGCAGACCCCACAACACGGCCCCAGCCAGUCGGGUGCGGACGGGCAGACCCCACAACACGGCCCCAGCCAGUCGGGUGCGGACGGGCAGACCUCACAACACGGCCCCAGCCAGUCGGGUGCGGACGGGCAGACCCCUGAACAUGGCCCCAGCCAGUCGGGUGCGGACGGGCAGACCCCACAACACGGCCCCAACCAGUCGGAUGCGGAUGUGCAGACCCCACAACACGGCCCCAGCCAGUCGGGUGCGGACGUGCAGACCCCACAACACGGCCCCAGCCAGUCGGGUGCGGACGGGCAGACCCCAGAACACGGCCCCAGCCAGUCGGGUGCGGACGGGCAGACCCCUGAACACGGCACCAGCCAGUCGGGUGCGGACGGGCAGACGCCUGAACACGGCACCAGCCAGUCGGAUGCGGAUGUGCAGACCCCAAAACACGGUCCCAGCAAGUCGGGUGCGGAGGCGCAGACCCCAGAACUUGGCCCUGCCAAGUCGCGUGUGGAUUCACAGGCCCCAAAAGACGGCUCUAGCAAGUCGGGUGCGGAGGACCAGACCCCAGAACACGGCAAGUCGGGUGUGGAGGAGCAGACCCCAAAAGACGGCUCUAGCAAGGUGGUUCCAGAGCAGUCUUACAGGAAAGACCCCGCCAAGCCCAUCUCCAACCCCUCUGACAAGGAGCUCCCCAAGGCUAACACAAACCAGCUAGCUGACAAAGGGAAGCUUUCUCCGCAUGCUUUCAGAACCAAAUCUGGGGAGGACACUGACUUCAUUUCUCCCCCUCAGGAGGAAGAAAGUAAGUCUUCAGAGCCUACUGAGGAUGUGGAGCCCAAAGAGGCUGAAGAUGAUGAUACAGGACCUGAGGAGGGCUCACCGCCCAAAGAAGAAAAAGAAAAGGUGUCCGGUUCUGCCUCCAGCGAGAACCGUGAUGGGACACUUUUGGAGAAGGAUGACCAUUAUAAGGACAGCUCUGAAAGUGUCAGCGCAGAGAGCAGCCACUUCUUUGCAUAUCUGGUGACUGCAGCCGUUCUUGUGGCUGUCCUCUAUAUCGCUUAUCACAACAAGCGAAAGAUCAUUGCUUUUGUCCUGGAAGGAAAAAGAUCUAAAGUCACCCGGCGGCCAAAGGCCAGUGACUACCAGCGUUUGGACCAGAAGGUUUUUUUUCCCCCCCAAAGUCUUAACAGUAUGGUAUAUUCCUCUGGAAAAAGAUGAACGUCACCAAUGGAUUGUGCUGCUCUCGUUUCAGCUUUGAUUUUUUGUCCUUGAGAACUUUGUCCUCCCUGCUGAUUUGUUUGUAAAUCAAAAGAAAUGAAGAAAAAAGUACUGUGACCUAAGAGACACCCUCCUCUCGGGUUUGGUGGGAAGUCUGGGCUGACAGAGGUAGGGGGUUGCUUUGGGGUUUGCACCUGCACUUUGGUGACAUUGUUCUCCUGUGUUCCCUUUAUUUGUGCUGGUGGCUUCCAUCCGUUCCUCCUCUGAGUGUGAGUGGAGGGGCAUGUGGAAACAGCUAUGACCAAAGGGAGAUCCCAGCCUAGGCAGGUUGAGCUGCUGGCCGCCCUCCCUGGGGCCUGGGCUCUGUAGGAAAGCUGGCCCUUGACUGUGGCGUUAUACUUUCCACUGUGUCUGCAGACCUAGAGGAAAACUGCAGGUAGACCUGCUUUUCUACCAAAGCCUGUUACUUUGCGGGGAUGUGCCUACAAAAGACACAGAAGACGGGGAAAUGCCAAUAGGCAAAUGGCUACUUUGAACACCUAAUUCUCUUCAAAUUCUCUUUCCAUUCAGCAGUGAAUGGAAACAGCAGGUUAAAAAAAAGUGGUUUUUUGUGUGUGCAAGUCUAACCUGUCUAGCAUGAGUUCUUCUUGGCUUUCUGAUUAUUUUAUGUAGCUUGAGACAGAUUGAAUCGACUUCUCAACUUCUGCUUGGUUGUACCGAGCAUAAAACAGAACUUGGGCUUCCUGGCAGUGAGACCACUGUCCCAUCACAGAUUUUUAAAAUAAAUAUGAUUUGAAAUAGUGUGAUCUUUCACACAAUCAUACUCAGUGGGAACUUUUUGAAAUAGGGCAAGUUCAUGUUUCAUGUGAGAAAAUAUGAAGGAGGGUUUUGGUUUUGGUCUGCGGUUUUUCCAAAGGGCUUUUAUGAGAUACAUUUUCCACAUUUCCCAAAACUCCAUUUUGCCUUUGUUGCCUAAAACAGACAAAAUAGACUUACUUUAUUAAUAGAAACUAACCAUACUCUCUGCCCAUUUUACCUCAGUGUAUUUAAUGGUCCUUUCCUCUAAGAUGCCAAGGGUAAUUGUUAAAAAUUCUCCUUCCAUGCCAUGUCAGGAGUUAAUACAAUUUAAGAAAUUCUGUGGGUUUCCCUGGGAUAAGUGAGGGUAGUGUCUUGGACCUCGCUAUUGUUUGAAGGUUUAUCUCUUCUAGCCAUGCUCUGCCACAUUGUGGAGAGCCUAAAGAGAGUUGUUUCAGAGCUGAUCUCAGGGAAAUACAAAUAACUUGGGAGGUCAGAGAAAUAAGAUUAAUUCUGUGCUGUCAAGGCAGUCUGAAGAGAGGACCAUGCUUCUUAUUCCACUUUGCGUAAAACAGGCCGUAGCUUUGAGUUGGCAUUUUCAUUCUUGACAGGUAGCCUACUUUACGGAGGUAAGGAAUGAACACCUACCCUUCUGGGAUCAUUCUCUGUACUGAUGUGUCAGUAUUACUUUGCACCAACCUGAAGAAUCUUCUUUAAGUCUCCUCUAGCAUCCCCUAAGACCACCCUCUCCCUGCCUGCCUCCCUUUUCCCUGCCUUUCCCCUCAUGUUUUCUGGUUUUACCCAUCUAUACCAGCUCCUUUCCUUCCACCUUCAUGGACACCCAGAUUUUUCUGUUCCCUUCUGUGCUAUUUGUUAUUCAUCCUGCUUCUCAACUUCUCCAGUAAGUUGCUUCCCGGAAGUUGCCAUUCAUUUCUCUUCAUGACCAACUCUGUCUGUCAACUAUACUUUUCUAAAGGUUACCAGUUAUCAGAUCACCAAAUCCCUGGCUUUUUCUCAAAACUUAAUCCUGUCCUUGAUAGAACUGGACACUAUUGACCAUCCAGAUAGAAAUUCCCUUCUUGAUGUCUCUGACAAAUGGUCCUUUGCCUUAACUUGUGCUGGUGGGGAAGAGGCCCUCAAAGCCAGGCCUCUACACCUUUGACUGUCUGCUCAGCCAUUCACCUUUAUCCUCAGAGUGAGUGAUUGAUUCCCAAGUCUUUGUCUUGGCUUAGUUCCUAAAGAACCCAGUUCUGCUGGUGUCGAAUAGUUCAGCUUGGUUGUCACUGAAUGGAAUUCUUCUCUUCUACCCAUCAACCUGCCUCUCCCUACUGUCCACUAUCUUCAGUCACCUGAAUUCCUAACUGCAGACUUUUUUCUCUCUCAUUACCAAAAUCUUACCCAUUUUUCUUUAAAAAAGAUCCUUAGCUAUAAUCUUUCCAUUUUCCUUGCUUCUCUUGUCGCACACCCCCAACUCAUUUUGCUUCUCUCUUGAAUUUUGCUUUUUCAGAUCCACAUUAGUUGGGUUUCCUAUCCAGCUUCUUAGAAAGAAGCUCAAUCUUGGAAAGACUGAUCUUUCCAAAAUAUUUGCCCUGGUCUGAAGCUUUGGUCUCUAAUUCUCAAGGCUUAGAGUAUCCAGUUACAGACCAUUUGGGGUUCAGGAUGCUGUAGACUGACAUGCUCCUGCCUUUCUCUGCAUCCCAACCUGGCCAAAGCCCCUCCUGUGGGGUGCCCAUCUAUGCCUUUAUUCUGGCUGUGCCCUCCACUUCCUGGCUUCCCAUGGUUCUUUGGUGAGGUUUCUCUCCCUUCUCUUCUUUCUCCUACCUUCCCCAAUCUGCCUGUUUCUUCAGGGUCCAGCUCAUUUCCUCAUACACCUUCCUCACUACCCCACCCCAAGUAGUUGACUCUUUCCCUCAGUUCCACUAGCUGUUCAUCAGGCCACUCAUUUUGGAACUUCAGCAAAACAGGGCAGUCAGGAUCUGAUGUCUUUCUGAUCUCCCCAAGAAAACUAAGCUCUUGAGGCACAGCCCUUGGCAGUGCUUUCCUAUCUGCUGGGCAUGGUGACGUUCCUUAGAACUUCCAGAGUUCAGUUCCUUCUGGCAGAGAUGUUUUCUUUUUCCAUGCCAUAUAGUUGUGACUCAAAUGAGGGGUCCCACAGCUUUUCCUGGCUACCACUUGCUGUGACCUAAUACAUGUUGGGUUUUGCUCUUAAAGAGGAAAGCAGGAAGAAAAAGGUUGGUUUCAGAAACCAAGAGGGUUGGCAGUUGAUGCAUACAUUUUGUCAGUCCACAGAGUUGAGCUUUUGAGCCUCUGAGAAGUACUAUUUUUUGUGUGUUGAAAGAAUACAACAGGAUUUAAGUUUCUCUUUAGAAAUUGCACUGAAGAAAAUACCACACAUUAAAGGAAAACUUACUUUCUGCAUGGUGGUCUUUUCAAAGAUAGAAUAUUUGAAGCAUGUUUCCUAGAGAUUGUGUGGAUGAGGGUGAACUGGCUGAGGCAUUGCUCAAGCUAGGGUUGUGUAGGGAGCACGUGGAGCCACAAGAGCUACCUCCUACAGUCAGCUAAGGGCUUCCCUUCCUACGCUUAGCUUUCGGUUGAAGGAUGAUUUCUGUUAGAGAAAUCUGUGCUUCGGUCAUAGAUGUUAGUAGAGGAACUUGUUUUCCUGCUGCAGAUGUCUGAGUAGAAUUGCUGAAAGAGUUCACUUCUGGGCUCAGGGCAAGUUGAAGGCCAGUCUCUACGUAGAAAGGCUAAAAGGCAAUAGGGAAAGACCUGACAGCUAGUUACAUAAGCUCUGAUAUAUUUUCCCCAUGAUGGCUUCCAGUGACACAUGUGCUGAUAGACUCCUAAACCUCUCUGGAAUUUCCCUGCUGGCGACUUCUAUGGUCCUUGACUGUACGGGGUAACCUGAUGCCAGAUGCUGUGGGCGGGACAAGAACUACCGCAUUGCAGCGUGGAGGAGGCUGUGUGAGGCACCAGGCCCUGUGCUUCUGCAGGCCAUUUUCUGAAAACGCCUGUUAGUGAGGUUGCGUUUGUCAUGACUUGCUUGAGCAAGAGUCCUGGGGAGAGAUUUUGAGAUUGAAUUUGAUACAUCCAUACCCAACAGUGACAUAACUUAGCUAUUUCCACAAGUCACAAUGUGAAUUUAGUCUCCUCUGUGAAGGGUUUGGGCCUGAGGUGUAUAGUAUGUCAAACUGACAGUAAGCUAGCCCCUCACCUUCUGAUAGACAUUACUUUAAUUCACCAGACUCCAUCUUUGAUACAUGAUUGAUGAUUGAAAUUGUUUCUCUUCUUGUUUUCUCAGUUAAUAGAUGGCCACUGUUUCAGUGUUUUAUAUUUUCAGCUUUUUGUAACUUAACUCUAAACUUUAUUUUUUUAAAGCUCAUGUGGUCUAAUGAUAAGUAUUUUUCAGUACAUAAUGUUUUUCUGAGCUUCUGUAAAUGUCAUCACAAUGUAGUUUUGUUUUGUUGAACAGACAUCAAAAUAAAUUUCAAAUGUUAAA